AUGUCAAUAGCAGAUAGAUCAAUUAGCGUUUCCGCAGAUCGCGGCGGUACUUUCACUGAUUUGCUGGCGAAGUACACCAAAGACGGUAAGCAAGAGGAACUCGUCAUUAAAUUGUUAUCACAGGAUCCUGGUAAUUACAGUGAUGCUCCUACAGAGGGUAUACGAAGAGUCCUUGAGAUAGUCACGGGAGAGACAAUCCCUAGAGGACAGAAAGUACCUUCAAAGAAACUAGCGAAUAUUAGACUCUCUACUACGGUAGCUACAAAUGCAUUGCUGGAACGUAAAGGUGAAGAACAUGCACUGUUAAUCACAAAGGGCUUUAAGGAUCUUCUCGAAAUCGGCAACCAAUCGCGUCCUCGUAUCUUUGAUUUGGCGAUAAAAAGACCAUCCACACUCUACUCCGAUGUAAUUGAGAUUGACGAGAGAGUUACUCUAGUAGGAUAUACAUCAGAUCCUAAUGGUAUUGAAAAUGCUGUCCAAUUUGACGAAACUGGGAACAUCAUACGAGGAUACCGAGGUGAAGGUUGGGACGGCCAAGGUGACGCAGAAGGGCCGGGUGAGGUCGUUAUGGGUAUAUCAGGAGAGGCUGUUCGUAUCUUGCAGAAACCAGAUUUGAAACAAAUCCGCCGUGACCUUCAAGAAGUUUACAAUAAAGGUGUUCGUUCACUUGCAAUUGUAUUCGUACAUUCGUACACAUACCCAGAGCACGAGAAGCAAGUCGCAGAGGUUGCAAAAGAGAUUGGUUUCAAGCAUGUUUCAGCAUCAUCACAGCUGUUAUCGAUGAUUAAGAUGGUUCCUAGAGGUGUCAGUGCAACUGCAGAUGCAUACCUUACACCAGUAUUGUCUGACUAUAUCAAUGGCUUUUUCCAGGGCUUUGAUGAUGCCAUUGGAGAUGGAAGUGGUCAAGAUGGCGGUUGUAGAGUUGAAUUCAUGGGUUCUGACGGUGGUCUACUCGACCUCCGUAACUUUUCUGGGUUAAAGGCGAUCCUUUCUGGUCCAGCAGGAGGUGUUGUCGGAUAUGCGCUCACAGCCUGGGAUGACAAGUCCAAAAUCCCAGCAAUAGGUCUUGACAUUGGUGGUACAUCGACCGAUGUCAGUAGAUUCGCAGGUUCUUACGAAACGGUUUAUGAAACAACCACAGCGGGUGUGUCGAUUCAAUCACCCCAGUUGGAUAUCAACACUGUCGCUGCUGGUGGUGGCUCUUGUUUGACGUUCAGAGAUGGGCUGUUCCACGUUGGACCACACUCGGCCGGUGCACACCCUGGUCCUGCAUGCUACAAGAAGGGUGGACCACUCGCGGUAACAGACGCGAACUUGUUCCUUGGUAGACUCGUUCCAUCGAGAUUUCCAAAAGUAUUCGGUCCUAAUGAGAACGAACCUAUUGAUCCAACUGCAUCUGAGAAUGCAUUCAAGGAACUCGAGAAGAAGAUUAAAUCUGAGACUAAGACAGACUUAGAUCUUGAUGCCAUAGUUUAUGGAUAUCUCAAAAUCGCAAAUGAGACAAUGGCUAGGCCAAUCCGUACACUUACAGAAGCAAAAGGACAUGCCACCUGGAGCCAUAUUCUCGCAGCCUUCGGUGGGGCUGGUGGUCAAUCUGCUGCUGAAAUUGCACAGAUUCUCAAGAUUUCUAAGGUUAUCAUUCAUAAAUAUUCCUCAAUUCUGUCGGCCUUUGGUUUAUCACUAGCCAACAGGACAUUUGAAAAGCAAGUUCCUUCUUCCAAGCUCUGGUCGAAGGAAUCACAGCCUGAAUUCUCGAAGAAGCUGGAUGAACUUUCUAAAGUUGUUCAAGAAGAGCUCAAAGUGCAAGGUUUCCAUAACGACAGAAUUAUUCUCGAGCGCUAUCUCAAUAUGCGUUUCGAUGGUAGUGAUACUGCGCUCAUGAUAACUGCUAACAAUGAUAACGGAUUCGCUGAUGCAUUUAAGGAAAGGUAUUUCGACGAGUUCGGUUUCCUACUCGAAUCUGAAAUUGUCGUGGAUGAUAUCAAAGUAAAAGGCAUUGGAAAGACCUACGAUGAACUCGGACAGUCUGCUCUCCAAGAAUAUUCACAGAUUACACCUCGUAAACUCACCAAGGAGGAUGCAACAAGUAGACAGUCAUGUUACUUUGAAAUCCAAAAUGUUGGACAAAGGGUUGAUACUCCAGUUUUCACAUUAGAUAAGCUUUCUGUGGGAGACGCCAUCGAUGGACCAGCCAUUGUCAUCGAUGAUACUCAGACUAUCAUCGUUCUCCCUGAUUGGACUGCCACCGCAACUUCACAAUGUCUAUUCCUUGAAUGUGAAAAAUUGAAGCAAUAA